CUCCCAUCCAGAGUACAAGAAGAAAUACGGGGAGGAGCACGGUUCAUGCCAGGCAGGGAUCGCAGGCUUCUUCACCGAGGAGCUGGUCAUCAUGGGGGCACCAGGAUCGUAUUAUUGGACAGGAACUGUCAAAGUACUGAAUCUCACUGACAACACAUAUUACAAGCUGAAUGAUGAUGCCGUGAUAGCCAGGCGGUACACAUACCUUGGAUAUGCAGUGACAGCAGGUCAUUUCUCUCAGCCAACUACCACUGACAUUGUAGGAGGAGCUCCCCAGGAUGGAGGCAUUGGAAAGGUUUAUAUUUUUAGAACAGACAGACGAUCAGGCUCUCUAAUAAAGAUUUUUCAGGCUUCAGGAAAAAAGAUGGGCUCUUACUUUGGCUCCUCCUUAUGUGCAGUUGAUCUGAAUUCUGAUGGGUUGUCAGACCUGCUGGUUGGAGCACCUAUGUUUUCUGAGAUCAGAGAUGAGGGUCAAGUCACAGUCUAUAUCAACAGAGGAAACGGAGUGCUGGAAGAGCAGCUCAUCCUGGAUGGUGACAACGCUUAUAAUGCACACUUUGGGGAGACCAUAGCCACCCUUGGUGACAUUGAUGACGAUGGCUUCCCAGAUGUUGCCAUUGGAGCACCUAAGGAGGAUAACUACGUAGGAGCAGUGUACAUUUACCAUGGGGAUUCCAAUGGUAUUAUACCUCAGUACUCUAUGAAGCUGUCUGGGCAAACAAUAAACCCAAAGCUGCGUAUGUUUGGCCAGUCCAUAUCAGGGGGAGUUGAUAUGGAUAGCAAUGGUUAUCCAGAUAUGACUGUUGGAGCCUUCUUGUCAGACAAUGUGGUACUUCUGAGAUCCAGGCCUGUCAUUACCGUGGACAUCUCCAUUUUCCUGCCCGUCUCUAUCAAUAUCACAGCUCCUCAGUGCCAUGAUGGCUUGCAGCCAGUGAACUGCCUCAAUGUCACAGCAUGCUUUCGCUUCAGCGGCAAGCAUGUUCCUGGAGAAAUAGGUUUGAAUUAUAACUUGACUGCUGAUGUGGCAAAGAAGGAAAAGAACCAUCAACCCAGAGUUUACUUUGUGACUUCUGGAGAGACAGCAGGGCAGAUCACAGAGAAGUUACAACUGUCAUAUAUGCAGGAAAAGUGCGAGCAUUACCUGGCAUAUGUCAAGGGAUUUGUUUUUUUGGUAUAAGGAAUGGCAAACAAAAACGUGAGAAAAUGGAACGUGGUAUAAGAGGAAAAGAAGCGGAAGUUGCAGAAGGACAUAGAAUCAGAGAAGAUUAAGAAAACAAAUGGAUUUUGAGUCUUUACAUGUGUCUCCUUAAUGUCUGGGCAUGCAACUGAAAUGCAGAGUUUUCUCUUGGGAACCGCACUUGUUUGAUGGUGUUCAGAAGACUUGUGCUGUGUGCUUAAGAGGUUCUGUGAUCAAGGCAGUAACUCUGAGGAAACAUUGUUUCCCUUUUCCACUAACUGCCCUGGUUGUUUUCUGCUUAGUGGGCUCCCCUAAUAUUUAGGAUAGAUUUAUCCGUGGAUAGGACAAGAGAAUUUGGUACAGAUGGCAAAGCACAUUGUGCUGGCAGAUUUAUGCAGGGUCAAAACAUCUUCCUUGUUUUAUCACAAAGGUAUAAUGGUGAUGAUGGUGAAAGCCCCUUGUAGAAUUGCUACAUUUAUUAAAGAAGCGUUGUCUGGUUUCUUACCCCACUGUGAACCAGCUAGCUGGGCUGCCUGUUGCUACCGCACACUGCUGUCUGUGUGCAGAGUGAAUGUUGUAAUAGCUGCAAACACCAUCAGCAGUCCUGGCUC